GAUUUGAUCAAAAUAUGGCUCUAACUCUGCUAGUCCACUACGACCUCGACCGCCCAACCAUGCCAUGAGCCCUUUGUCUAGGGCGAGCUCUUCGCCUCCUCUGCCCCCCCGAUGCAUCGCCACCUCUCCCUCCUCCGGCUUCUCUCCUCUUCUCCCACCGCCGCCGCCUCUCUUCCCAUCCUCGCACGUCCUCUCUCCACCAAUCUUCACCCCCCUCCCUCUUCUCGCCGCCGCCACCUUCCCCCCUCUUCCGUCUCCCCUUCCCUCUCCCCCUUCCUCAAAGAAGACGCCAUCUCCACCCUUUCUUCCCUCUGGCUCUCCAACUUCCGCGAUCCCUCCUCCACAAUCACUUCUCUCUCCGACCACCUCAACCGGCCCGAGCUUUGGAUUCUCUCCUACCAAAAGGUCUACGCCGAUGAGACCGGCUCCUACCUCCCCAAAUCCUCCAUCACCCAUUCCGCUCUCAAUGACCUCCUCGCCCUUCGCAACGCCGUUCUCGACGGCCGUUUCCGCUGGGGAGCUCGCCUCGAGUUUUUCAUCCGCUCCCCACGCGACAAGACCGAUCUUUCCUCUCUCUCCAAGCGCAAGAUUCGCGCCCUCCUCACUAACCCCCAACCCUCCCCUUUCCAGGACCGAAUCGUCCAGGAAAUCCUUCUCUUUCUUCUCGAACCCGUUUUUGAGGCAAGAUUCUCUCAGAAAUCAUACGCCUUUCGUCCCGGCCGCACCGCCCACACGGUCAUCCGCACCAUUCGUCGUAGCUUCGCAGGGUAUCUAUGGUACAUGAAAGGCGAUCUCAGCACAAUUUUGGAUGGCGUUAAGCCUGGAUUGGUUAUCGGAGCUCUCAUUCGAGAGGUUAGGGAUAGAAAGAUUAUUGAUUUGAUCAAGUCGGCGCUUGUGACUCCCGUGGUUACUGGCAAUCCAGCUAACGAUGAAGCGAAGAAGAAGAAGAAGAAACGCAAGUACCAAAAAAAGAGAGUUUUGGGAGAGGAUGAACCGAAGCCUGAUCCAUACUGGCUUCAGUCCUUCUUCGGAUUUGCACCAGCGGAGGCCGAUAAAUACCCCAAUUGGGGCCAUUGCGGGGUUCUCAGUCCCUUGCUCGCAAAUAUUUGUCUCGAUGAAUUGGAUAAGUGGAUGGAGGGUAAGGUUAAGGAGUUCUAUAAGCCAUCCAAAGCUGAUGUUAUUUGGACAGGGGAGGAAGGAGACAUAGAGCAGGGCAACACUUCAUGGCCGGAGUUUGUGCCGACAAGCGGGCCAGACAAGACGAGGAAGAUGGACUAUAUUAGGUUUGGAGGGCACAUAAUGGUUGGCAUUAGAGGUCCUCGGGCUGAUGCGGCUGAAUUGAGGAAGCAACUAAUUCAGUUUUGUGAUCAAAGAUAUCAGCUCAAAUUGGACAAUGAAAGUGUUCCAAUCGAGCACAUUACAAAGGGAAUCAUGUUCCUUGACCACGUAUUAUGCCGGCGGGUCGUGUAUCCCACUCUCCGGUACACCGCGACCGGAGGUAAGAUCAUCAGCGAGAAGGGUGUCGGCACAUUGUUAUCGGUGACGGCGAGUUUGAAGCAGUGUAUCAAACAGUUCAGAAAAUUGGAAUUUUUGAAGGGUGAUAGGGACCCAGAUCCUCAGCCUUGCUUCCGAAUGUUCCACGCCACGCAAGCUCACACGAAUGCGCAGAUGAACAAGUUUCUAUCCACAAUGGUGGAAUGGUAUCGGUACGCUGAUAAUCGCAAAAAAGUUGUGAACUUUUGUUCUUAUAUUAUCAGGGGAUCCUUGGCGAAGCUUUAUGCAGCUAAAUACAAGCUUCGAUCGAGAGCUAAAGUGUAUAAGAUUGGAGCGAGGAAUCUGCAGCGGCCAUUGAAGGAUAAGAAGGGGCAGUCACCGGAGUACAAUGAGUUAAUGAGGAUGGGACUUGUGGACUCUAUUGAGGGGCUUCAGUACACCAGGAUGUCUCUUGUACCGGAGACUGAUUACACGCCGUUUCCGAGGGGGUGGAAGCCGGAUCACGAGAAGGUUUUGUUAGAAUACAUUAAGCUCGAGGACAGGGAGACUCUUGAUGAGCAGAGAAAAUGCAUUAGGGAGCAGGGGCUUGUAACACCUCAGGAUUAUGUUUCAAUGCUUGUUUGGAAUUAUAAGAAGAAUGCUGUGUUGUUGCCUCCAUUAGGAGAAAGUGAUGCCCGGAGAGCUAAGGAAGAGCUGUUAGGGUUAACACUUGAGUCUGAAAAUAAGGUUGGUGAUGAUGAAGUGAGUGAUCAUGUGCUGCAGGCUGCCCAUAUGUGAGAAGUAGCAGUUAAAUUGUCUGGAAGGAUUAAAUUCCGGGUUUUUUUUGCAAAAAAUAAAAAAUGAAGCCAACAAAUGUAUGUGCCCAUGUAAUUUUAACUAAAAUGCACUGUUAAUUUAUGUGUCAUAGUUUAAUUUUUGAUUAGUUAUUAUUGUGUUAUUUUAUCCCGAUCUGCACU